AUGUCAACAUCGAACGGAUUUGAAGCAGAUCUACCUAUGUCUACAAUAGAGUCUCAGCCAUGUCUUGACUCGAGCUCGAUUCCUCGAAUUAGUGUCAGUUUAAGACCUGGCUCCUCGUGCGACUGCAUAAAGCCUAACAAGUUAGACCUAACAUCUGAAAGCUUCAGGAAAUCGACCUCUACAGCUUCUUCAGAAAAACCUGUAGAAGAUAUGCUGUUUGCUAAACAAGCUGAGUACAAGGCAAAACUCAAUUCUAAGAUUUUAGAAAAAGAGUGGCAAGAAGGCUUCGAGCUUCGGGAUAAGCCAAAAAUUAACCCUACAUCAAAGACCAUUGCUGGAAAACGUGAAGUGAGGGAAAAAGUUAUAGAGAAAAAAAAUAAAGAAAAGACUGAGUAUGAUAGACGUCAAUCUUUUAGAGCAAUAAGCUCAUUAGUUAGCUUAGAAAGUAUAAAGAAAUCGCUAGAUUCAAGGAUAAGCUUAAUUCAUGAAGAGCCAGUUCCGAAAAAACAAUACUCAAAGAUGAGUGUUACAGAAAGAAACCAAUAUUGGCUUGAAGAAAAGCAAAAGAAAAUAGAAAAUCAAAGAAAAGAGACUGAGGAGCAAGAGCUGAUGGGGUGCACUUUUCACCCAGAAUUGACACCUAGGAUUCAAUUUGUGAGCGCUACAGAUUCUACUAUUGACCAAAAGUCGUCAGCUUCAGGGUAUUCAAGGAACAGCUCCUAUAAAAAGAAAAAAGCAUCAAAGUCGAUAAAUUCCAAUAAAGAAAGACCUCAAGUAUGUGAGUCUCCAGUUUUGAAGUCGGCAAUUCCUAUGAGAAUUCCUCCUCCAAACCCUAUGUUUUCGCUAUCAUCUCAGCCUUGUAAAGCAAGCUCAAAAGGCGCUUCAACUCCAAUACUUUCACCAUUCUAUAGUCAAUUGACUCCUUGCAAUAAGAACUACAGAUUCAGAUCUGGGUGCAACUUGAAACCUUUCCUUACAAAGGCAAAACCUAUGGUUGACUAUACAUUUUAA